AUCCGUGAGAUCUCCAUGGAUGCUGGAGAAAUCUUCACCGUGGGCACGAUUGUUUGGAGUCGAAUUGGUAUGGCCUACUAGGCAACGAUGGAAGGUCAGUUACGAUUGAAUCGUUACUGAGGGUGGCCGUUCACGUUGCGUUUAACACAGUGGGUCAACGUUCGAGAAAUUAACCAGUGUUUGACGAGUUGUUGCGGUGGAGUUUUUAUUUUGUUUUCUUCAACCACAGUGAGUUGAUCGAUAGUAAUGUUUUAGUCACGAUGGAUUAUAUGCUUAUCGACAUGUUAAUCGUGUUCAGUGAAUCAACUGUAGACAGACAGAUGUGUGCCAUUUAAUAUGUAAAAAGAUAAGGUCAUGGGAUACCUCUCGAUUGCUAUACCGGUGUUAGUUCGUGAUCCCAUCGCCAUAACGUACCAAAAGGGUCGUGAAAGUCCUCUUGACCUCUUGGGGAGCAUGAUUCAUCCUGCUCACCCGCUUCGAACGCUCGCUUGUGGAAUAGAAUACUUUCACACCUCAUGCAAAUGAACAAACAGGGAACUCUCGUGCCCGACACUCCACGGGGAACCAUCAAAACAUUUUGUGGUUGCUGUAUAGAUGAUAUGUUCCAGCGACCUUCCAGCGUGCCAUUUACAUAUCCUUUGCGGUGCUUCCAUUUGCUACGAUAUGUGCGUGUGUAAUGUUGAAAAAAAAUUGUUACCGUUUUUCCUCAACAAAGUCCCACAACAACCAAACCGGCGGAGGAUACGUAUCACGGUGAGGAUGUUGUGUACGCGUGGGACGUUUGACUCGGUGCCAAAACGGAUCACACCUUAAGUGGAUAAUGGAAAUUACUUUGGCACAGUGUUACGGUGGUUCGACGGAUGCCACUGCCGGUGGUUGCACUGGAAAUGUGAGAAAAUGUGUCUAAUGUUCUUAAAAUUGCUGCCCGCCGAAAUUGAGUCAUCUGAUACGAACGUGGAAGAAGUUGUGAGACAUCCUGUCAGUGGCAGAAGCUUUUGUGUCGAAAUAUUAAGUUAAAGACACACAUACACAAAGCAGCACCGAGCGAAAGCGUCGAGUUCGAAGGAGCUUCCUGCUGAGUGGCGUAAUUAUUUUCGGUGUUUCGUUUUACACUGUGAAAUCAAGCAGCACACACAAAACAUACAAGUUCAGCCAAAGUGUUGAACAGGUUUGGUUUGAAGUUGUUUUCGAGUGUUUGGUGAAAUGUUAGAUGUUUGGUGAAGAACCGGAACGGUAACGGAAAGUAACGUGAUUCGAUGUAUUAUUUACAUCAACUUGUUUCGUCAAUUUAAUUGAAGUAUUAAAGUGUUUCAUUCUUACAACACUGUUUCUUGGUUACGCUAAUGUAGAUAAAUCAUUUUGAUUGUCUAUAUGCAUUAGUCAAGGAAUCGCCAAGGUAUUUUAUUUUUAUAUGAAGCGGCUGUUGGUUUAAAUCACUAAACGUAAAUGAAUAUGCCGGUCUUAUAAUGAGCCUUGACAACCUUGAAACUCAUAAAUCCCAAGGCCGACUUCUUGGCAGAACCUUAUACGAAGUGGUUUGGCUGUAGUGAAAAAUCAUCACAAUAAAUAACCAACGUUAAAGUGUGAAACUGGUGAAAAAUUGUAAACAAUCAAGGACCGACGAAAAAAGAACAAAAAGUGAUAAAAAAAUUCCACAAAGCACAAUGAAAUUAACUGUGAGUGAAACAAUAUGCGAAGAGAUGUAAAUGAGGGCGCACAAGGAUGUGAAAAAAACAUCUGUUUAAUGAAAAUCGAUUAAGUGGUUAAAAAUUAUGUUUGAAAACGCGUAAUCAAACCACAAACUAAAUUCAUUCCCAUUUGACACGUGUGGUUAAUGAGAUGCUAACAGUGGAUUCAGUUUAGUUGUGUGGUGUAACGUUGGUUUGGAAGCACGAUGGAAACACGGUACCCUCUUUAAGCGAAACCAUGUGGAUAAUGCAAACGAUCCUGUGAUGACAUCGUUGGGCUGCUUCAAACAUCAAUGCAACAGUGUCGCAAUUGCGACCAUUGUACUACUGCUGACGAUGAUGAUUGAUGUACGAGAGCAGACGAUGCUGACGGAGCAUCCAACCACCACGGAGGAUCUACAAUAUUCUAAACAAAUCACCUCAAACAGUAGAAUCCAAUCUCCGACAAUGUCAUCGUCGGCAGUGACAACACCGUCCCCUCAGUCGAGUCCCAUGUCGACGACAACCAGCUUCUGGUUGGAGCCAUCGACGUCAUCAGCGACUCUGCCGGUGACACCGUUACAUAUGGCAGCACUGCCAUUGCCGUCAUCGUUGACAGUGUCGGCUGAAAGUCUAAUCCGAGAUGUGACAUCGGCAGUAACGGACACGUCGACACGUCCACACCCAGAAGCGGUUGGCGCGCAGGGAACGGACCUGGGACCGGCGGGAACAACGCACACAGUUCCAUCCGGUGCACGAUAUAGCCCUACCGGGACGCUACUGGGCGGUGUCUCCAGCGUUGCAGCGUCGACUGACGUACAAUACGACGGUAGCAGUGCCAACAGCAAAUACACAACAUUUCGACCAUUACUAAUACCUACCUUACCUGACGUGCGGCGUAGUCGAAUUGUCCAUUCGAUGCCUUAUCAAAGCAAGCAUCAUCACGAACGUCAUUGGGGUCCUUUUUUCGAGGAACCGGUCAACGUGACUUCCGGGGCGGCCUUGCAGGUUGGAUAUCAUUUAUCAACGGAGGCUAUCCUCAACUGUAGGGUAGGAAUGCUAAAAGAUAAAACGGUGAUGUGGAUACGAAGAACCACCGAUAAGGUGUCGUUACUCACCGUCGGUAAUAAUACGUACAGCGGGGACCCGAGGAUAAAGGUCAAAUUUCAAUAUCCCAAUAAUUGGAGGCUACAUAUCAACCCGAUCAAAUCGGACGACGCCGGACUGUACAUGUGCCAGGUGUCGACGCAUCCUCCGCGAGUGUUUGCAACGAAUCUGACCGUCUUGGAACCAGCCGUAAGAAUAGUGGACGAGAUGGGCUACGAGUUCUUCGACCGUUACUACAAAUUGGGCAGCACGAUCGAGAUAUCUUGCCAAGUGUCGACGUCGUAUCUGGCGAGUCUUCCGCCCAGCUCCAAGUCCGCCACCCAACAGCAACGCUCGAGGACUUCCGUUGGUCUACAGGCGAACACAUUGGACGAGUUGUCGAAACAAGGCGCCAAAACCACCAAAGACGAUAACAAACCGUCGGAUACGACGGAAAGAGGGUUGAUUAGCUGGACCAAGGAUGGCGCCGAGUUGCCGAAGGAUGUCAAGAUGAGUUUUAGCGGCACCAAGCAGUGGCUCAUCAGCCGAAUAUCGAUUCUGCAGGCAAAUCGUGUCCACAAUGGCGUCUACAACUGUACCGUUGCCGGGAAACAGAGUCGGUCGGCCCAGGUGCAGGUUCUGAACGGUGAAACGCCGGCCGCUGUUCAGCAUAAUUUUGGGCAUCGCAAAGAGGCAUUUGUGCUGUUCGGCAUUCGCUUCACAACGGUGGCAAUAAGCUGGUUCAUACUGCUGAAUCUGAGCUGGAUGCAGCUGUACUGUUAAUCGUUCCCUGCGCUGAACAGUUCUUUCUGGGAGACGAUUCAAGGGACAUAAACAACAAAAUUAGAAGCAUGUUUUAGCAAACUCACAGAAUAGUUAAUUUCGGGUUAUCGGAAGGAGGCAUGAGAUUGCUAAGAAUGACCAUUCAAAACUACGAUAAAGUGAGAAUUCUUCUCGCUUGACAAACGCACUUGGACGAAAUCGUAAUCGUUCAGAAAGUUCAUUUGUUCUGUGUGCGAAGGGAGAAAAAUAGAUUCGAUCGCAACAGUAUAAAGAUCUACGCACACAGGACAGCAUCCUUUGAUUGUGUCUGUAUUCAGAUCGAGCAUGGAUUGUAUGGCAAGGUUUCUUCAAACGAAUUCAAAAGUCUAACUCAUUUGGGUUCUUCACAGGUUGAGAGAAACGUUUAAAUAAAUAAAACGAAAAAUCAAAAUAAACAUGUACAUACAAUAAGUUACUAGGUAAUGCACAUCUUGUUAUGAUAUUGUAUAAAAUCUCAUUGCGUGUUUCGGUUUUUACUACUCUGCCAUCAUAGGAUUGAAAGUUUAUAGCUCUACUUCUCUAUUUUACACAUUGAUUUACGAUCGUGAUAUAAAUUUUUACUACACUUGAUGGAGUAAUUGUUGAACCGGUUACUUUUGAUAAGCAAUCCAUGUGUACGGCGAACGAUUUGUCAUCUUGCAAUUAGUUAAAAACAAAACUAACCGAGACGGUUUAUAUUGUAACGGAUAGCUGUUCAUGAAUAAGCUAACAAGUACACGUGUAUCCUGAUUGUUUAAGAGGAAAAAGACUAAGUUAUGGAAAGCCAAACAUUUACGUAAAUUAGCUAAAAACAAAAAGAAGCCCGUUUGCUCACUGGCAAACCGACCCCGCGAACGAUUAAAAAAAAAAGCAGCAAAAUGUCAAAACAUGUAUUACUACGUCAAAUCAAUUUGCAAAAUAUACAACAACGUCUUACAACAACACACAGCAAAAAUCAAACACACACCCAAGUCAUGAAAUCUUUGCUUUCCGCAUAUUCGGAAAGCAUACAUUGUAUGCUACAACUAUACCAACCGGACAGAACAUGUGUUAAGGAAAAAAUUAAACUCGAAGCAUUAAGCUAAACACCGAGACAGAAUGCGGGAAGGAAUGCAAAACAAAUAUAUACCACCAGAGAAAUGGGACGUCUCUGGCGAAUGUAACACAACAA